CCGGGUCUGUCCCAAGAUGGCGGCGCCCAUGCCAGCCGGACCGUAGGGCAGGGGCGAUGCUGCUGCUGGGGCUCCGCGGGGCGCUGGGCUGGGCCCGGAGCUGCCGCCUGCCAGGCCUCGGCUGGAGGGGGGUCAGCGGGGCCCUCCGCCUGCAGGAGACGGGAGACGGGCGCUCGGUUUAUAGCCCGCUUGUUCAGACAGCCAGAGGUUAUGCCCGGCCUGUCAAAAGGAGGAAGCAAGUGCUCCCCAGCCACCUGGAUGACCUUCCUCCUACCAUGCUGAAGAAAGAUUAUGCCAAUGUCCCAAUAAUAGAUAAGGUUGAUGAUGUAGUGAAAAGGCUAUUGUCUCUGGAAAUGGCCAGCCAGAGGGAGAAAGUGAAGAUAAAGACGCAGCAGUUGAUCGAGAAGGUCAGGAGGACUCCUAGUGACAACGGUUCCUUCGAGGUGCAAACUGCUAUUUUAACUGCCAAGAUUCAAACUCACCAGGAGCACCUGCAGAUGCACCCCAAGGACAAAAGUAACCGGCGUCGCAUGCUGAUGGCCAUAGAUCGCCGGAAGAAACUGCUCAAGUACCUGCGUCGCACCCGCUAUGAGACUUUUGAGCACACGUGCAAGCAGCUGGGCAUCCAGUACACGUUACCGCCACCCUAUUGCAGGAGAAUGACCCGGCGCUGGGCCGCUAAGAAGGCUUUCUGCCUCAAGGUUUUCAAUGAGGUACAGAAACUGAAAGCACCCGAGAGGCUAAAGCAGAGACGAGAAUGGCAAGCGAAAGCAAGGGCCGCCAAGGAGCUGACGCUGCAAAGUGAAGGGACCUCGGUAUAGCAGCACCCUGAGCAGAUCUCGCAUUCCGGGCCUGCAUGUGAAAAAUGUGUCCCUCCAAAAUACAAUAAAUGAUUUUAAAGCUA